AUGUGGGAAUACGGAUUAUUUCACCUUUUUGUUAUCCUCACUUCAUAUUACCUCUUUGGAGUUCUAUAUGGAGUCUGAUUUCUGAUAGUAUUUGUUCUUGCAGCAGACAAAGCUCUUUCAGCUAUUGGUUACUAUCGACUAAGUUUUGGAGACUUAUCAUUAGCGUAUGAAUAUCCAGGAGCACUGAAUAAUUUAGCAGGAUACUUCAUAAUGGAGAAAGUGGACUAUCCAACCUUUAAGAACCACUUCUACCAGAGAGCCGUCCUCAGAAUUCCCAAACUCAGGUCCGUCCUCGUUUCAAAACUCGGAGUCUAUUUCUGGAAAGAUGUCGGCCCUCAGGCGGGAGAAGGCCAGCUCGUCAAGUCUUCGAAGUCUAUCAAAACUGAGCAAGAGUGACUCAAGCAUUGUGAAGACAUCGCCAACACGAAGAUGGACUACAGCAAGCCUCUGUGGAAGAUGUCUCUUGUGGAAGACUAUUCAGCAACUGAGUCUGUGAUCUUCGUAUCUUUACACCAUUCAUUCACAGAUGCAGGAGGAUUUCUGAGUUUGAUUUCAAGUGUCAACGAUGAAGGCAAAAAUGUCAAAGUAGACAAAACUUUUCCUAAAGUUAGUAUAUUCUAUCGAUUAUACAUUAUCCUUAUUGGUCCGUGGUACUCUUCAUAUCUGAGUUUUAUAAAUGGAAGAUAUGCAACAGAUGCAAAAGCUUCUGCUAUUAACAAUAUCAACGGAAAAGAUAGAAAAGAUGUGCGUUUAUAUUCAGCUAAAAGAAGAAUUUCUUUUGCUAAAGUCAGAAAAUGCUAUAAAUAAACUAUGCACUCCUGAACAAAGAGUCAGUUUCAAUGAUUAUUUAAUGGGAACUCUUUCAGUCGCAUUUGAUAAAUGGUACAAAGCCCAUGGGGUUAAUGGAGCAAAGCAGUUACUAACUUUUUGUUCAGUGAACACCAGAUCACCUCCAAAGACAUUCGAAGACAUAUCUAUUCAAAAUGACAGUGUUGGAGUAAAAUUUCUUUUGCCAAUGAAGGAUAAUCUUCCAGAAGCAAUGGAUGCUUGAAGAUCCAACUUUUACAGAUUCUUUAACCUUCCUGCUAUCCUGAGCUAUAAAUCCAUGGGAUAUGUCAUAGGUUUGGUUCCAGAGUAUUUAGGAAGAAAAAUAAUAGAAGAUUUUAUUCAAAAUAUCGACCUGGUCUUCUCAAACAUUCCAUUCUCUUCAGAACCAUGGUACUUGUGCAACAAGGAAGUGACAAAAGUUGGAGCUUUUGCUAGUAUUUACUUCAACUGGAAAAUUUUCUUUGCUGCCAUGACCUACAGAGAUGAGCUUAGACUUACCAUCUCUGCUAAUGCCCAGAUGAAAAUGAAUCCUCAGCUCUUGCUUGACUAUGUCCUUGAUUUCAUUGAGGAGGAUAUCAGGAAAAUUGAAGGAGAUCCAGGCCAUUUGAAGGAAGAAUAAAACUCUCAAUUACUAA